AUGGCCGAACACAAAUCAGCCACAAUCUCAGUCCAGCAACACUACCCAUCAGCCCAAACAAGCGUAGAAAGCUUCCCCGCAGGACCAAGCACAAACAGAAUCACCGAUGAAGAAGCCCCCCAAUCAGCCUUCUCCAUAAUCGAGCCCCCAGCCGAGCUGGCAACCGUCACAACCCACUUCACAGAUCAUUUCCCCGAGCACAAUGCCGACGACAUCUUCCCAGAUGGCGGACUCCGCUCGUGGAGCGUUGUUCUCGGCUCAUUCCUGCUCCUGAUGAGCAGUUUCGGGGUGAUGAACACAACAGGUAUCCUGCAAAACUAUUUUUCGUCGCACCAACUGUCCCAGUACUCGCCCAGUGCCGUCGGUUGGAUUCCGGGGCUAUUCACUUUCUUUGGUCUGAGCGUGUCCGUCCAGGUUGGCCCGAUGUUCGAUCGCUAUGGUCCGACUGGGAUUCUGAUGGCCGGUACGGCGAUCUAUGUUACCGGGUUGAUGCUCCUCGCUGAGAGUUCUGAAUAUUGGCAUUUUGUCUUGACGCUCGGGGUUCUGUCUGGCACGGGUGCUGCACUUUUGAGCACGGUUGCUUUGGCUAGUGUGCCGCAAUGGUUUGAUCGCAAGGCUGGUCUUGCGAUUGGGAUUUCGAUGGCUGGGGCGGGUCUUGGUGGUGUGCUUUUUCCCUUGAUGCUCAGGGCUGGAUUCUCAAAGUUGGGAUAUAAGUGGACGAUUAGGCUUUUGGCAUUUAUUGUCUUGGCUUUGUGCAUUGUUGGGACGUUUUUGGUGAAGGCGAGGUUGCCAAAGGGAGAGGAGUUUACCUGGUUGACGAUGGGUAUUUUCAGCCUCGAGCUCGUCGUGUUCGCCAGUCUGGGUCUCUAUCCAACCUAUGUCGUUCUGCAAGGGUUCUCGACCAACACUAGUGUGCUUCUGCUCUCCGUGCUAAACAUAGCAUCCACGGUCGGCCGUUUGAUCGCCGGAGGCAUAGCCGAUCGCUACGGAAGAAUAAACACCCAGGCCGCGCUGAUUGCCCUAGGGGCCUUAGCUGUCUUCGUCAUCUGGUUACCCUUCGGAGAUACCCUGCCAGGACUGUAUACUUUCUCGUCGGUCUUCGGGCUAGCAUCGGGAUCAUUCCUGAGUCUGGCACCAGCCUGCAUUGGGCAAAUCUCCAAGGCCAGCGAGGUCGGUGGACGGUUUGGAUUGACAUAUUCCAUUGUCAGCUUUGCUACCCUGAUUUGUAUCCCAAUUGGAGGGGAGAUGCUAGACAAAGUUGGCAAGAAGGCAAUGGUAGCCUAUCUGGGAAGUGUCUUGAUUGUGGCACUUGGCAUGUUUGUCAUGGCUCGAUGGGCUUGUCUCAGCUACCGGUGGAGAUGGCAAGCAAAGAUCUAA